CCCCAGGUUUCUCUUCAGCACUGUAGCCAGGCUGACAAAGAGUCACACCUCCACCGAACCCAGUAUUCCUCGAUCCCUAAAUAGCAAUAUCUUUAUGACCUUUUUUAAUGAUAAAAUUCAAACUAUUAGAAAUAAAAUCAACCAUCUCCUGCCCUCAAUUGGCACUAAUACCCUCCCAACAACAGAGAUCUCAGAAACGGCUGAGAAUCCUACCCAUUACUUAGACAGCUUCUCUCUGAUCACCCGUGAUCAGUUUACCAAAUUAAUCUCAGGUUCUAAACCAACAACCUGUAUCUUAGAUCCCAUUCCUACCAAAUUACUUAAAGAAAUUCUGCCCCUAAUUGAUAGUUCGUUACUUAAAAUUAUCAAUCUGUCAUUAUCAUCAGGUUUUGUACCACAGUCUUUUAAAAUAGCUGUCAUCAAACCCCUACUCAAAAAACCCUAGACCCAGAGGUUUUAGCCAAUUACAGACCAAUAUCUAACCUCCCCUUAAUUUCUAAAAUCUUAGAAAAAGUGGUAGCCAAUCAGCUGUGUGAGUUUCUCCAGGAAAAUAAUAUAUAUGAAGACUUUCAAUCGGGGUUUAGAGCCAAUCACAGUACAGAGACAGCCUUGGCAAAAGUCACUAAUGACCUUUUAAUAGCCUCAGAUCAGGGACUUGUGUCUGUCCUCGUUCUGUUAGAUCUCAGUGCAGCAUUCGACACAAUUGACCAUCAAAUUUUAUUACAAAGACUAAAACAUUUAAUUAACAUUAAUGGAACCGCCCUUAACUGGUUUAAAUCAUAUUUUUCUGAUCGCUCCCAAUUUGUGCAAAUUAAUGAUGAGUCAUCUGUGCGCACCAAAGUUAAUCAUGGUGUUCCACAGGGCUCUGUGCUCGGCCCAAUUUAUUCUCAUUAUAUAUGCUUCCACUAGGAAACAUUAUCAGGACACACUCGGUAAAUUUCCACUGCUAUGCGGAUGACACCCAGUUAUAUUUGUCAAUAAAACCUGAACAAAGUAAUCAAUUAACUAAACUUCGAACAUGUCUCAAGGACAUAAAAACAUGGAUGACCCGCAAUUUUCUCUUAUUAAAAUCAGACAAAACAGAGGUUAUAAUACUUGGCCCCAAACACCUUAGAGAUGCAUUAUCUAAUGAUAUAGCUGCGCUAGACGACAUUGCCCUUGCUUCCAAUGAAACAGUCAGGAACUUGGGAGUGAUCUUCGAUCCUGAUUUAUCCUUUAAUAGUCACUUAAAACUAAUUUCUAGGACCGCUUUUUUCCACUUGCGUAAUAUUUCAAAAAUUAGACAUGUCCUUUCACAAAAAGAUGCAGAAAAACUAGUCCACGCCUUUGUUACAUCGAGACUGGACUAUUGUAAUUCAUUAUUAUCAGGCUCCAGCAGGAAGUCGUUAAAGACUCUACAGCUUGUCCAAAAUGCCGCAGCACGUGUCCUGACGAGAACAAAGAGAAGAGAGCACAUUUCUCCAAUAUUAGCAUCGCUACACUGGCUUCCAGUUAAAUCUAGAAUAGAAUUUAAAAUUCUCCUCCUCACCUUCAAGGCCCUUAAUAAUAUAGCGCCUUUAUACCUUAAAGAGCUGUUAAUACCUUAUAAACCCACUAGAGCACUCCGCUCCCAGAAUUCAAGCCUACUUGUCGUCCCUAAAUUCUCUAAAAGUAGAGUAGGAGCCAGAGCUUUUAGCCAUCAAGCCCCUCGGCUGUGGAAUAAUCUACCACUUUCAGUUCGGGAGGCAGUCACCAUCUGUUCGUUUAAAAAUCCAGGGCCUCUGUGGCCGCACCAUGGAUUACGGUUUGUGGAUCGCGCACCGGGGGUCGCGGUGUUGGAUCCAGUGUGGCGGAUUCUGAGUCAUGUGGGCUGAUCGUGGUGCUGGUGGCGGACCCUGUGUCGCGUUGGCAUUGAGCACGGGCGAUGGACCAGGACCGCGGUGGUGGCUUGUGAUGGGUCCUCCUGGUGGGCGGCGGUGGACGGUGACUGAGGACUGGAGUGGCGUCUGGUCUGGAUGGUGGAUCGUGGUCUAGAUGGUUGCUGAGCAUGGACUGUGCUUCAUCAAUGCUGCUAGAGACUUUGAUUAUUGAUGAUGUUGUCCUGCACGUGGCAUCUAUUGCACUUCUGUCCGUCCUGGGAGAGGGAUCCCUCACAUGUGGCUCUCUCUGAGGUUUCUACAUAUUUUUACCCUGUUAAAAGGUUUUUUUUUAGUUUUUCCUUACUCUUGCUGAGGGUUAAGGACAGAGGAUGUCACACCCUGUUAAAGCCCUAUGAGAUGAAUUGUAAUUUGUGAAUAUGGGCUAUACAAAUAAAAUUUGAUUGAAUUUGAUUGAUUGAUGUGCUGCAACAAUGAGUGCAACAUCUGAUCUGUGCAACGAUUAACCUUUCAUCCUCGUUUAGGACACUAAACAAGAUGUUCUGAUUCAUAAAUUUACAAAGAUCAUGUUGAGGUAUAUGAAUAUCGGUCAUCCACAUGUCAAUUUACUGUCGUAUGAGGAACUGAAGGAUGGCAUGCUGCUGCAGUGGUCGGCAAUAUCACCUGAGAACUUCAAGAUAUGGGUUUGAAAUCUGGCCCAGACUUGUUCUUCCUGUGUGUGGUUUUCAGCUUUCUCUCGCUUACUCCACAUGAGCCCCUCCAGGCUAUGGCUCACACAUUAACAAGAUAAUUGCAAAUGUGUGUGUGUGUGUGUGUGUGUGUGGAGACUGUGAUUGAAACUGUAAUUGUAUUUCAAUCCUUGUGAGCGUAAUCGGGUAUGUACAUGUGCAAAAUGAUCUGCAAAUGUGUUCUGAGAUUUGUACAUGUGUAGAUAAAUCUGGCAAUGAAUGUAUAGAUCUGUUAAUAUUGAGAUUACACUUGAAAUGUGAUUUAUGGACACAGAUUGAGAUACAGUUAUGACUUUGGCCCAAUACAUAAUGACCUUAAAAAGGAAUUAGCUGAAACCCGCAGAAACUCAGGAACAGUGGGGUGUUAAUCCUUAAUGUUCACAUUUUAAAUGUCUUGUUUAAAGGUUCAGUGGCCACGUUAUGAUUUCAAAACAGAGGGCUCAGUUUAAGUUAAUAGAAACAUAGAGGUUGUUAGUCUGAGGUGAUUUUUUUAUAAUGAAGACAUAAUUAUCAAUAUUAAAUUUCAUCACUGUCAAGAUACCCCAUAAAUCCCCCACAGUGGAUCUAAUUACUUUCUGUUUACUGCAGCUAAACACCGCUCAAAUCCUAUUCAGCUCACUGUACCUGAGUUCAGCUCAGCUCCGAUUAGCCCAGCAGAGUGUGAAACUGCUUUUAUUGUGUUAGUUUCCCCUAAGCAGAACAGACAGUUUAAUGGAUCCAUCAGUGCGACCAGCAGAGCUAUAAGCUAAUCCAAAUGACUUUAGGAAAGAGGAAGUGAUCAAUUAGUGAGCACUAAAUGUUAAAGAGAUGAAGCGAAGGGGGGAGCUGGGGGAGCUGGCCUAAAAUCUGUCAAAAUAAGAAAGAUA